AUGACUUGCUCCAAACGCCACCAUACACAACAUGUAGCAGCUAUGUGUGAAGAGCAACAUUGCACUGAAAUGUUUCAAAGUACCACAGAUUUUUAUACCAAGAAAAAGAUUCUGAACAAAUCAUAUCCUGUAGAAAAGUUUACAGAAAAUAGAGCAAAUAACGACACAUCCAACACCCACCAGUCGGUUCUCGCGACAGCCUGUACAGGUUAUAUUCCUGUCUGCGUCCCGUACGGAACGACCGAAUCUCUCCUUCACCCCGUCUCUCUCGCGCACCAGAGAGCCAGUAGUUCAGUCCACUCUCAGCUCCUGUGUUAUCUUCUCCGUGAACUGAUUAUCGGGACGUGGAACUUGAAAAUUAUGGCAUCUAGCGGGAAGCAGUGGCAGUGCCAGCUGUUCUCCCCAUCUGAGCGCCUGGCCUACCUGCGAAAUUCGGGCCACCUGUCGGAUCUCAUUAUCACCUUCCCUGGCCAUUCUACCGUCUUACAGGCCCACCGCUUGCUACUCGCCAUGAGCUCGCCAGUGUUUGAGGCCAUGCUGUACGGGCCGCUCGCCGGGGAUGACACGCUGGCGCUUCCCCAGGACCCACCUGAGGCCUUCGAGUGGCUCCUUAACCAUCUGUACAUGAACGAAACCCAGCUGCCGGACGUCACACUCGCCGCCAAGGUUUACCUGUUGGCUUCGAAGUACCAGCUGGAUAACGUCUGCAAGAUCUGCUCUGAGGUCAUGGUAAAGUAUACCACUGCGGAGAAUUUCCCGGAUAUGUUUGAGUUCGCCACACUAAUGGAAGAUCAGCCACUCAUCAACAAGUGUGAAGCGGUGCUGGCAAAUGAGACUGACGAAGUGCUGAAGUCCCCGCGAGUGGGAGCGCUCGGACGGCGCGCCCUCGCCCUGAUGCUGACCCACGAAAAGCUCUUUGCCUCGACAGAAGUCCUGGUGUUCGACGCCCUUAUUAGAUGGGGAAGAGCCCAGUUGGCCAAAACACGGAAGGAAGCCGCUGAAGCAGACGGAGCCUCCAGCAAGGAAGAGGACGCCCAAGAAAAGAGAUCUCGGUCAAAGAACAAGGAAUCUAAUACACUGAGGAAUGUAGUGAAGGAAUUUCUCCUUCACAUCAGGUUCCUCACCUUGUCGACGGAUGACUUCGUGAAGCACGUUAUUCCCUCACACGUCUUUACGAGCGAUGAGGCAAUUUAUGUGCUCAUGAACAUCAAGUCCUUGCAAAAUGUGCACCUUCCUCCCAUUGCCUCGUGCACAUCCCGGGAGCAACGAAUCAAGGCAAUCAAGGCAAAACCAUACAAUAGGGCUUACCAUUAUAAAUACAGGUAGAAG